AUGUCUGCGCUCAAUGAACGCCCUAAGACGGACGAGUACGCUCAGUUUGCGGAAAAGCUUGACGUCGGCACUACGAAACCUGCGCCCUCGCCUUCUGAUGAUCUUAGCGCAACGAAAGAAACGGUGGUGAAAGAAGAAGAAAAGAAGAAGUACGCUGAGUUUGCAGAGUUGCUGGGAGUGGAGGAAAGGCAACCAAGCUCUGACCCAGUGCGGAAAGAGGUUGGAGAGGCUGCCCCGAAGACGGUGGAUAUUGAUCCUAGGGACUACGACAUUUUCGAUAAGCUAUUACAUCGUUCCGGUGGGACUGGAAGAAAGCCAGUUAAAGGAUCGAAGCGAUUUACGUCUGCCGCUGCUGUCACCGGCAGGGAGCGUCCAGUCCAAUCUGAUAUUCCCAGUGCAACCGACGAGGUUCCUGAUACUUCGAAAGAUCGUCAGAACGAGGGCACUGUUCUUUCCGAAGGAAUGAAUGUCUCUGCUUUUUCGGAGGAACAAGUUGAGGAUGCUUACGACGUAAUGAUGGAAGAGUUUGGUUCUGAUUUCCAUGGGAGAGCGAAAGCGAAACCUAUCGACGCACCUGCUGCCGAAGUGGAAGCACCAGUACCAGAUUUGCAAGCGCCGCCUAUUCGCCCCGGGACACCUUCAAUUGACAAUCAUGGAAAUCCAGACCCCGGGUCGAAGCCUAUUCAGCCAGAAACCGAAGUCGCACAGACCCCACCCCCCGAAUUGAAGGCGAAGCCGAUGCAACCUGGGCUGGUCCCUCCCAUCACGGGAGUGACACCUUCAAUUGACAAUCAUGGAAAUCCAGACCCCGGGUCGAAGCCCAUUCAGCCAGAAACCGAAGUCGUACAGACCCCACCCCCAGAAUUGAAGGCGAGGCCGAUGCAACCUGGGCUGGUCCCUCCCAUCACAAGAGUGUCAAAAGCCACGCCACAGAGCGCGCAAAUUUUGCAUGAGGGACAGGAGACGGUGUCCGCACCUGAAGUAGUAGAGGAGCAAGUCUCGGAAUUGCGAAAACCUCCAAGCAGGCCGGAGUACGAAGAAUUCGCCAGUGCUUUUAGUACACGAGAUGGAAACCGCAGCAGGAGAAGAGAGCGAAAGACAGAGUUUGUGACAGAUGAAGCAGUAACUCUGAAGGACCCAAAGCUGGUAUUUAGAGUGGAUUAAUCAAGACGAGUCUGCCGCAGGCCUUGUUUGUCGCUACACGCGCCAUAAAGUUUUGUGUGAUUGUUGCACGUUGACCACAUGAAGACAAGCUGUUAGGCAUCACGUUAUGCGUAAAAACGAACCGGCACUUCAGCGCAAUUAGAAGGAACUCGCGGUCAUGAGUGCAUGGACUUUCAUCAAUGUGAUAUGCUUUUUUCUACGCGGAUGCAUUAUAUGGGGGCAAAGCGUUUGCACAGGCAGCCUGAAGAGACGACUCUUUAGUCUGCUUUCUUAGGACGUUUUGUAUUGUUGGUGAUGAUAUCUCCCAGUUUGUUUGAGGUGACGUUUGCUCAAAGGCCACAGGAAGGAUUUUGUGUCGCACACUGUCUCGGCUCAAAGACCCGGUCACUAGAUUGUAUCGUGGCUAUUCCACUUCUUAGUUAUGGUGCCGGAGUUUGGCCCCUGUUUGCCGGAGCCUGUCUCGGGUUGCUGCCGACCUUUAGAUGACGACCGGGAGCCCUACCCUUGGUACAGCAUGAGAGGUCGAUGGUGUGACUCGGCAUGUGCUGGCAUCGCCAUUGCGGCCAGCAAUGUCGCCGGCCUGUAUCUGCAAUAAAAUCUGAGACUCGACGUAAUUUCGUUGAGCCUCGCUGAUCCACUGUAA